GGUGCUUGUUAGAUACAAAAUGGUUGCGGAUGUAAACAAGAUUUAAUCCAUUCGGCAAGCUGGACCCUUCACUCUCGUUUUCAAUGCUAAAAACGGUUGAUAUGGAAAAGAAAUAUGGGAUCGAGUCCAAGUAAACACAAGGCGAUUGUUAGGACUAAAUCGGAACCACAGCUGCGGGUCCCUGUGAACAGACACGUUCCCGUGAGGAGAGCGAUCAGUGCGUUAUCGGCACAGGGAACUGCUCUACCUACCGACUCCUUCAAAUUCUCUCUAAAGAAUUCGGAGGAUCCACACUUCGAAAUUCCCGAGGAAGAAUACAAAGACGGCCAACUUGGAAUUUCGAAUCCAAGACAUAUUCAGAAAAAACUUCGUCGUCUUGGGAACUAUGAGUUGUUCUGUGAUCAGGCCUUCCCUGCAGACCAUAAUGCGUUGUUCUACAGCGAUAGGCCAGAAACACAAGGUAUCCUAUGGAAGAGACCUAAGGAUCUUGUUGAAGAGUGGCAGAAACCUUACCUUGUCCUAGAUGGCGUUACCCGUGACGAUAUCAAACAGGGAACCCUGGGGGACUGCUGGUUUUUAUCAGCUUGUGCUGCCGUGUCACAAAGAGAAAACUAUAUGAAAAAAAUUGUUCCUGGAGACCAGCCGUUAUUUGGUGAGGGCUAUCAAGGAAUUGUCCAUUUCCAAUUCUGGCGUUUUGGUCAGUAUGUGGAUGUGUACGUGGAUGACCGACUACCAACUGUUGAUGGAAAGUUGAUCUAUGCAAGGUGUACAGACCCUACAGAGUUCUGGGUGGCUCUAAUAGAAAAGGCUUAUGCCAAAUUGCAUGGUUCCUAUGAGGCUAUAGAGGGAGGCCAGGCUAUGAACGCCCUGGUGGACCUGACUGGUGGUUUGGCUGAGCGCCAUGAGGUCAUUAACAAAGACCCUAUCCUGUACCGACUGGUGGACCGGGCCAUCUUGUCUGAGGCCUUUGUUGCUUGCUCCAGGAAGGGAGAUUGGAGAUUAAGUACCAUUGCUGACCCAAAUGGAUUGGUGUCUGGUCACGCUUACACUAUCACAGACAUCAGAAAGAUAAAACAUGAGAGAGGGGAGGAGAAACUGGUACGGAUCAGAAAUCCAUGGGCCGACAACAACGAAUGGAAGGGAUCCUGGAGUGACAAUGAUGUUAACUGGCACUGGGUGGAUGAUGCCACAAAGAAAGAGAUAGGCCUACAACUGAAGGAUGAUGGAGAGUUCUGGAUGUCGUACAGAGACUUCUGUAAACACUUCCAGGAAGUUACUAUAUGUCUAACGGGGCCAGACUUCGAUGGAGAUGGAACUGCUGAUAAAUGCCAUGUAGAGAUGCUUAAAGGUGAAUGGAUCCUGGGGAAGACUGCUGGAGGAUCUAGAAAUGACCUGGCCAUGUUCUCCAUGAACCCUCAAUAUGUGCUCACCCUGUCAGAGCCAGAUGACUUUGAUGAGAAGAAGGACGACCCUGAGAGGGAGGGACUGUGUACUAUUGUCAUAUCACUAAUGCAAGAACACCGAAGGUCAAAGCGCAAUGUCAAGGUCAAAAGUCUCCAAAUAGGAUUCUUCAUUUAUAAGACACAGGACCCCACUGUGAAGCUAAACAUCCAACAUUUCCGCUAUAAUCGUGACUGUGGUAAAUCUGGUGUGUACAUCAACUACCGCGAGGUCAGUCAGAGGUUUGAAUUGGAGCCAGGUCACUAUGUUAUUAUACCAUCCACCUUUAUUGUCAGUGAGUCCUGCUUCAUGCUGCGAGUGUUUGGAGAGAAAAAAUUUAGUCUCGCUGGACCUAAAGAAGAUGUACCUGUUCAGAUGAAUGGACAUACCACGUCUGUCAAAGGUAGAAGUGGACCAUUCGAUGGACCGUUUUGAGAAUGUCCCAGGAAGGUUCUGAGGAUGUUCUGAGGAGGUUCUGAGGAGGGUUUGAGGAUGUUCUGAGGAGGUUCUGAGGAUGUCCUGAGAAGGUUCUGAGGAGGUUCUGAGGUUGUUCUGAGGAGGUUCUGAGGAGGUUCUGAGGAGGUUCUGAGACCCAGUCUGAGGAGGUUCUGAGGAUGUUAAGGAGUAUCGGGGGACUGUUCUGAGGAGGUUCUAAGGAGGUUCUGAGGAGGUUCUGAGUACUGUUCUGAAGAGGUUCUGAGGAGAUUUUAGGUACUGUUGAGGAGGUUCUGGUGACAGUUCUGAGGAUGUUCUGAGGAGGUUAUGAAGAUGUUCUGAAGGCAUUCUGAGGGCAUUCUGAGGACAUUCUGAGGCCUAGGACUUCAAAAAACUACAGUGACAUUCAUUGUGUUGUGAUUGUCAGAAAUAUUGAUUAGUGUUUGAGGUUAUUGUAGUGAGCAUGCUACACCCACAUUGUGUUGAAGACACCGGUAAACACAGGAUUCUGUGUAAACUGUUUGGUUGAUUAUUGUUAUACUUAAUCAUCAAAGUUUCCACUGUAGAACUUUGACAUUACUGUAGUGGACAGGUUGUGUUGUACACAGAGGAUAUCUAAUGAUUUCAUUAAUUUUUUUUUUUUUGUAUACAUAUUCAAUAUUCCACAUUAUUAAUGAAGCAUCAGUGAGAUUUGAGUAAUAGUUUUAUACCCAUGUAUAUUUAUUUGUCUUGUUUCAUAGCUUUAGAAAAACAAAAUUGGUUGAGGCGUUACAGAAUGGUUGUGGAUGGGAACUUAAUUGUUGGUCAAUCAUAUCAAUAUACAUCAGACUGCCGAAUAACACUUUUGUUUCUGAAUACGUCAUGUAAUUCUUUUCAACAUUAAAUGUAUCAUCAUACAUGCGUUUAGUUGACAGAAUUUAAUAUUUCUCUGGGAAAAUAAUGCAAUUGUACUAUACAAAUGUAAUUGUAGAUAAUUCUAGUCACUAGGUUAGCAUUUAUAACAAUCUAUGUGCUCAAAUUCCAAUGUUUUCAUUUGUGUGGUAUCAUAUUUUAUGAUGUUUCAGAAAUAGUAAUGGUGGGGAUUAAUAAUACAUUUGAAGGUGUUUAAACAAGGUGUGAUGAAGUGAUGAGGAUAGUGAUGGGAGGAGGGUGUGAUGGAGCGAUGAGGAUAGUGACAGGAGGAGGGUGUGAUUAAGUGAUGAUGAUAGUGACAGGAGGAGGGUAUACAAACAUGGACGAGUGGUGGUGUACCUUUAUAACAGUCGUACAGGUAUACAAACAUGGACGAGUGGUGGUGUACCUUUAUAACAGUCGUCCAGGUAUACAAACAUGGACGAGUGGUGGUGUACCUUUAUAAUAGUCGUCCAGGUAUACAAACAUGGACGAGUGGUGGUGUACCUUUAUAACAGUCCAGGUAUACAAACAUGGACGAGUGGUGUACCUUUAUAAUAGUCGUCCAGGUAUACAAACAUGGACGAGUGGUGGUGUACCUUUAUAACAGUCGUCCAGGUAUACAAACAUGGACGAGUGGUGGUGUACCUUUAUAAUAGUCGUCCAGGUAUACAAACAUGGACGAGUGGUGGUGUACCUUUAUAACAGUCCAGGUAUACAAACAUGGACGAGUGGUGUACCUUUAUAACAGUCGUCCAGGUAUACAAACAUGGAUGAGUAGUGGUGUACCUUUAUAACAGUCGUCAAGGUAUACAAACAUGGACGAGUGGUGGUGUACCUUUAUAACAGUCCAGGUAUACAAACAUGGACGAGUGGUGGUGUACCUUUAUAAUAGUCGUCCAGGUAUACAAACAUGGACGAGUGGUGUACCUUUAUAACAGUCCAGGUAUACAAACAUGGACGAGUGGUGGUGUACCUUUAUAACAGUCGUCCAGGUAUACAAACAUGGACGAGUGGUGUACCUUUAUAACAGUCGUCCAGGUAUACAAACAUGGACGAGUAGUGGUGUACCUUUAUAACAGUCCAGGUAUACAAACAUGGACGAGUGGUGGUGUACCUUUAUAACAGUCCAGGUAUACAAACAUGGACGAGUGAUGGUGUACCUUUAUUAGAGUCGUCCAGAUAUAAACAUUAUCUUGGUAUUUGCAUAAAGUCUUUAACACACUUUUGUAUUAAAUCGUUCCUGAUGUGAUACAUGUUUACUUCUAGUGAUCUUUUCAAAUAUUUUUCACAUAAAAUGUGGGUUUAUUUUUAUUUGAUAGUUUCUAUUCAUCACGUGUAUUGAUCAUAGACUUGAAUUUUUAUGGAAUUUUUAAGAAUUUUAUUGUUAUUAUUAUAGAUGGAUGUAAAUAAACCUUUAUAUUUUUGUAAAUUUUUAACAAAUUUUGAUGUAAGAAUGACUGUUUUUCUCUGUAAACCUGGUAUCAUCAGUAGUUUGUUUCAAGUCCAUUUAAACUUUGUUAGUUGAUCAUUUAAUUUGUUUAGUAUUUUCAGUAUUUGACCCUACAUAUAUUACUUUCUGUAGUUUUGAUAAUUAUAGAGAGUAACACUAUCUUUACAUGUAAGGUACAAAAUAUAACAGGUAUGUGUGUAUACAGUUAUAGUCCUGUUUGGCCAGUUUGCCGAGAUGAAGAGCUAUACAUUGGUAUCCAUUUUCAAUGUCACAUGGGUAAAAUGUGUGAGAAAACAGCAUCUUCUGAAUGUCCACGAGACCCAGGUUCAGGAUAUCUAUUUGAAUAUUUGACCAGUUAUACAGUUACUAAUGGGAUCUGGGACAUUUGCUAUUUCUAUUUUUCACUAUUAUCGUAUGUCUGUUCUACGUACAAUUUUCAUCUUCAUCACGACACAAAACAGUAAUUGUUGAGAAGGGGAACGUUCAGUUUUCACUUUCCACAUGUGAUUUGAUACAUAAUAAUUAAUUACUAUUUAUUCAGAUUUGUUCAGAUUUGCAUUGCCUAUGUUUAACACUGUUACCUUCUAAUCCUGAUAGUUCAUGUAAUCAUUUAUCUAAAAUAUACAUUGCCAACAUGAACAGUGAUUUUGAACUGUUAGAAAUAAAGAUGUGGACCUAUAA